GACAGUGUCAGUCAGCAGUAAGGGAUCACCGUACCUGUCUUGGAUGUGCAUGAACACUCUCUGAGCUGAAGAUAUGGUUCUUUUCAAAUUAUUAGGUAUAGUUUAUGCACUGGCACAAGUCCUCCUACCAUGCCUUCCUCCAGUUCCUUUAUCCAGUGAAGUCCUAACUACUGACCAGUAUUUAGGAAAGUGGUAUUUCGUUGGAGUGGCGUCAUGGGAUGAUGAGGACAUUGAAAGCUUUAAGCCAUUGGAUAAUUCAGUUACCGAACUGAAGAAAGGUGAAAACAACACUCUGGUUAUGGUUGGAGCAUUGCAAAACAAGGAUCAGUGUUUAAACCAGGCCUGGACUUACCAUAUCAACCCAGAUUUGGAUCCACUCAUGACAGAAGGUCCAGCUGAAAAUCUCGGAGUGUUCUUGGAUGGAAAAUGGAUAAAAUGCUCCUCCUGUCUGCUUAUCGCCAAGCUUCAUCCCAACAAUGGCUUUCUAAGAAUCAUGUUAUUUGCACGCACUGAGAAAACACCAGACGACUUGGUGCAAAACUUUAUGUCAAAAAUGGAAUGUUUUUCUGUUAUCGAUAAGUUUGUAAUAACUCCACGGACAAAAGCGUUUUGUAAGCUGGAAGAAACAAACUGAGCAGUGGCUGACCUGUGAUGAAGAGACUUCAGUAUGUACAAGAUGAAGAUCCUCUCCAGGAGAACCUGAGCUGUCUACAUUUUGAUUAGUUUGACAAUUUAGAGCUGUUAGAUGUACAGUAUAUGCCUGAUAUAUACAUCAGUCAAUUAAAGUCUGUGAUUUUGUGUUGA